AUGCAUCUUCUCGCCCUCCUGAUUGCCACAUGUGCUCCCGCACUGGUUCUUGCCCAGCGUGGACCGGGUGAGAUUUGUGCCCCCUACCCCGGUGCCUUCUGUGAUGAAGGCCUCACGUGUGUCUCUUGUCGUCCCGGUGUUCCAGGAGCUCCUGGAGUUUGUGCUUUCCGUGACCCUUGCAAGCGCAACGCCGAUGUCUGGUAA